AUGGAUCGGUCACUACACCAGCGUGAUAAUACGAGGACGCGAUUGUUUGAUACCAAUUUCAACCAACCAGCAUCACCGUAUGCCCAGCCCAAGAAGGCAGAUUAUUCUCAAAGUUCUCUGGCUCAACUGGAGUCUCAAAGUGAGCAGGAUGUAGGUGUUAUGGGUCAAAAGAUAAAAGCUCUCAAGAAUCUAUCUGUGAGAAUGGGAGAUGAAAUUCGCGGUAGUAAUCAUACUCUGGAUCAAUUGGGUGAUACUUUUGAAAAUACUACAAUGAAGUUGAAAGGUACUUUCAAAAACAUGAUGGUAAUGGCUCAAAAAUCAAGAAUUAGCAUCAAGAUGUGGUUAUUGAUCUUCUUCGUUGUUGGAAUCUUCUUCUUCUGGGUAAGAAUAAGGUAA